ACGCGCAGAGAAAAAGCAAGUCAAGCCAGUCAGGUGAUCGCAGCUUGCAGCCUUCCCUACGCUCUCACACGGCCAGGAUCAGCAGCCUGGAGGGUGCAUGCAGCUUGGCCUCCAUCUUGGCUUGAUACAGAUCAGACGAGCUUCCAUUGGCCAAGCCACAACAGCAGAUUUACAGUCGCUCUUUCGACGGCGGUUUGUCCAGCAGCAGCAUCAGCUCACUUUGCGUCCCGACGGCAGCAGACAGGCUCACAGAAUGUCCGGAAUAGUAGAAGAAGUGAAGAAAGCCGUCGGCUUGCAGGACAAGCCUGAAGAAGGCGCGGCUCCUGGGACAGGCACUCACAAGGAUGAACUCACGGGCGAGAUGGUGAGCAAGUCAGAGCUGAAGCGUCGUCAGAAGAUACGUGCCGUUGCCGAAGCCAAAGCGGCAAAGCAAGCUGCUGCUCCAGCCCAGCCUACGGCCAAAGCAAGCUCGAGCGCCCAUGCCGACGAGGAGGUCGACGACACGGAAUAUCUCAAGGUGAGGACCAAGAAGAUUCUUGCGCUCAGGGCGAUCAAGGACGAAGACCGAACGCCGGCCACGCCGAACCCAUACCCUCAUAAAUUUCAUGUCUCCAUGUCGACGCCCAGCUUUAUCGAAAAGUAUGGACCCAAGAUCGAGAAGCCAGGCGACAGAGACGAGUCGACCAUCAUCUCGGUCGCAGGCCGCUUGCACAACGUCCGCUCUGCGGGCGCCAAGCUGCGUUUCUACGAUCUCUGGAGUGAAGGCGUCAGACUUCAGGUCAUGGCGACCCAACAAGAUUCUGAAGAUAGCGAGAACUUCGAGGCCAUCCAUGAGCUCUUCCAUCGAGGCGAUAUUGUCGGCGUGACUGGCUUCCCCAUGCGAACAAAGAAGAACGAAUUCUCAAUCUGCGUCAAGAGUAUGCAGCUCCUCACGCCCAUGCUGCACCAGCUUCCUCGCGCAGAACAGGCAGUCGAAGGUCAGCCUGGCGUCACAAAGCAUGGCUUCAAAGAUCUCGAACGACGCUACCGCAAACGACAUCUCGAUCUCAUCAUGAACAGCCACGUCCGCAAUGUCUUUGUCACCCGAAGCAAGAUCAUCAACUACGUUCGAACGUUCCUCGAUCGACUAGGCUUCCUGGAGGUCGAGACGCCCAUGAUGAACAUGAUCGCAGGCGGCGCGACUGCAAAGCCCUUUGUCACCCAUCACAACGCGCUCGAUCUGGAUCUCUUCUUGCGAAUAGCGCCAGAGCUCUACCUCAAAGAACUCGUCGUGGGGGGACUGGACCGGGUGUACGAAAUUGGCCGCGUGUUCAGGAACGAAGGCAUCGAUCAGACCCACAACCCAGAAUUCUCGAUCUGCGAGUUCUACAUGGCCUACGCUGACAUGUACGAUCUCAUGGAUCUCACGGAAUCGCUCUUCUCCGGCAUGGUCAAGCACAUCACCGGCGGAUACAAGAUCGAAUACCAGCCAGAAGGCAAGACGGGCAAGACGCUCGAGCUCGAUUUCUCACCUCCCUGGAAGAGGUUCAACAUGAUUGAAGAGCUCGAGAACAAGCUCGGCGUCACAUUCCCGCCUGCAGAUACGCUACAUACUGAACAAUCUCGCAAGUGGCUAGAAGAGCUGGCGGCGAAGCACAAGAUCGACUGCAGUGCGCCACGCACUUCUGCCCGAUUGAUCGACAAGCUCGUAGGCGAACUGAUCGAAGUCCAGUGUAUCUCGCCUACCUUUAUCGUCGGUCACCCCCAGCUCAUGUCGCCGCUUGCCAAGCGACACCGCUCAAUUCCCGGCUUGUGCGAGCGCUUCGAGGUCUUUGUGGCCACAAAGGAGAUCUGCAAUGCCUACACCGAGCUCAACGAUCCCUUUGACCAGCGCGACCGUUUCGAAGAACAAUCGAGACAGAAGGCCGCCGGCGAUGAUGAAGCUCAGGGUAUCGAUGAGACGUUUGUUGACGCGCUCGAGCACGGUCUGCCGCCGACGGGGGGCUGGGGCAUGGGUAUUGACCGAAUGACGAUGAUGCUGACCAACAGCAACACGAUUCGCGAAGUGCUGCUCUUCCCUGCCAUGAAGCCAGAGGUCGCGAGCACUCAGCCGGCCGUCAUGCCCUCUUAGCUCGCGAGACAGCCAAGUGCAUGCGAGCGUGUGAAAAAAAGUGGCGCGCGUCGAGAAUGCUGCCCGGCUUUGUCCGAAGACCGAGUGCCGCUCGUGACUUUUGCAUUCGUGUGAGCUAGCCGAACGAGCGCAGAACAAAGGU